AUGGGAUUGGAAUGCAGCUCUGGGCAUAAACGAGGGGAAGAAAGAAGGUUCCGGAUAGACAGAUGGGGGCUCUUCUGCUCCGGGGAAGUUUCCACUACAUCCUUAUCCUCGGGACAGGAUUCAGGCAUCAACAUGAAGUGCAUCCUGUUAACCUUGCUGAUGGUGACUGGUGGUGUUUCAUUUGUUAGUGAAGACACGGAAGGGGUAAAUCAUCUUCUCUACUUAUUAUACCUGAAUUCCAGUUACCAGUCCUGUGUGGGGACUCUGAUUGCCCCUCAGUGGGUGUUAAUGGCAGCACACUGCUUCUUACCUGAUCUCCAGGUCAUCCUUCAUGAUGGUUCCCGAAAUUUUCAAGGUUUUCCUGGGGAGAUUCUACCUUAUGAGAAGAUCAUCAUUCACCCAAACUUCACUGUUACUUCUCCUAAAAAUGACCUAAUGCUGAUAAAGUUGUCUGUGUCUCUCACCUUCUUCUCCAACCAGGUUUUUCAGUUGCCUACUCUCAAGAAGAAUGAAAUUAAAGGUUGCUUGAUUUACACUUGGUUACAGAAUGAAUUUAUUGGAAAUCCACCCAGUGACCUGCACAGCAUUAAGACUCAAAUGAAUCCUGUUUUAAACUGCAAAAUAUUGCUGGGUGAAAAAAUUCUUGAAGACAUAUUCUGUUUGGGAGACGUAGUAGGAAGAAAAGAGCAAUGCCAGGUGGUCACAGCUGCACCAGCUAUAUGUGGCAGUGAAUUACAAGGAAUUAUGUCUUGGGCAACUGGAUGUAUUCUGACAGGAUAUGCUAUUGUCUUCACUGACCUCUGCAGCUACGCUCCAUGGAUCAAGAACAUUAUUUCUACAAAAUAA